AUGGCUGGUUACAAUCGGCGGGCCAGAGGGCGCAGGAGCAGGAGCCGCAGCCGUAGGCACCUGCGGAGGACACGGCGCACUGGCCACAGCCGCUCUCGCCGUCGCCGCACACGGUCAAGGGGACGACGGGCAUCACACGGUGCCCCAGUCAUCAAGCGCCGGCCCCUCGUGAGACGCAGACGUCUCGAAGAAGAGGAGCCGGACAAUGAGCUGGAUGACCUGGGAGUGUUCGAUGAGCCGAUAGAUGAUCUGGAGUUUUAG